CUGGCACAGAAUUGAUAACACUGUCCAAAGAAGGAAUUUCUUCGUCGUCAUCGUCAUCACUAUCACAUAUAGCUACGUUAGGUGGCAUUGUCGGAGAAUCACUUUCUUCGUUACUCAAAGAAAAUAUAUUUGGAACCCCUUCCGAGUAUCUUCAGGCCAUCUCAAAUGCCCUUCUUCUACAAUUAAGGAAUGAGAGGAAGGAAGUCCACAACAAGCCACGGGAACUCGUCCCUCCCUCAGCUGGAACUCGUCCCCCAAGUUUGACUCAAGUGGAACAUUCCUUGUCCGAAAACGCGUUUCGACACAGUGUUUCUAUGUCCAUGUGCACUCGGCACUACCCAUUGGUUUUAAACUCGUUAAAACCUUCUCAGAACUCGUCUGCUGGAUUAGCCAUAGAGUACACUAUCCUCCUGAAGAAUGAACUUAUUAUACUUCCCUUCAAUUCUUUCUGCAAAUUAAGGAUUUUAUUAUAA